GAACGUUUGCGAUGUGACAACACUGUUUCAACAUUUCAUUUUUUUGAUUUCCUGCUGAAGCAACAUUGAAUUUUUUGUUUGUUUUUGUUAUCAGUCAAACACGUGUAAUAAAAUAAAUCCUAAAACCGCCUAAAACGUAAAACCGAACAGUAAUCGUUGGUGUAAUUAGCAAUUUGUUUCGUCGCUCAGAAAAGUAAUUUGGAUUAAAAUUCCGAAGCCCUUCAUCUUAAAGAAGCCAUAAAUGUAUUCAAAAUGCUAUCAACGUACUCGAGAGACCCUUUACGUAGUUCGAUUCCUGUCUGCCCAUCAGCACCGACCAGUGUACCAGAUCUACGAGAAAUAGCCGCUGUGAACAUAGCAGUGGCUUUCUGGAACCAUAUCAAUAUACCUCUCACCUUAUUCGAAAGAACGGGUAGCGGUAAUUAUUACAGCGGAGAUAUUUAUAAUGUGAACUUGACUCAAAAAGUACGCGGAUUAAUCGACUCGAUAUCUGUACCAAAUUCUGUAGCAGAAUAUAUCAAAAGUAUAGUCGACAGACAACGUUACCGUAUAGACGACUGGGUUACUUACCACCAUCGAACCAUAUUUUUCAGUAACGGCCAAGAUAAACAUUUGUAUUAUCACGUUCGGCAUUUCGCUUGGUACUCGGACGGUACAAUCAAUCACGAACAAACCGCUCGUAAUUUAUUAUCGUCGCUCAGAUUGAGUCAUCUUGAAAAAUACAAAUUCCUAUGUAUGUAUUGUUUAAAAGAUGAAAUCGAAGAAAUCAUGCCUUUGUUGAUGUUGGACGAUGUCAAGGAAUACGUGCACUUCGCUUCGCAUCCUUUGAUCUACUAUUGGAAUUGUUAUUAUAGAAACGAACUCGAUAAGAUUCCGGUGACUGGAAACGUAUCGCUGGAUAGUUACAUGCUGCAAUAUUCGGUGGUCGAUAAUUGGCCCGCCAAAAGGUACUUUUUUGAUCGUUUGAAUCCCGACGAGAGAGUAGAAAACGCUAUUAAAUUGAUCGAUAAACACGGCGUGCUUUAUCUGAGGUUAUUAUUUAUGAAAUUAAAUUACUCCGAACGUAUUCGCGUUUAUAUGGAUAGAGGAGUGAAAAUCAUCACCAGUUAUUGUACCGAGGAAUUGAACCAGUUCAUUAUUCCUGCGUGGUUCGAUGUUCGUUUUUUGAUCACCGUCGAACAAUUUCAGAACAUGUUCUCCACUUUGUUAGUAUCGUUGCAACGGUUACAAAAUCGAGUCGUUUACCCAAUUCUGACAGAGAUAUGGAUAACCGCUAACGAUGAUUUCAAGAAACAUAUCGUCGAUUUCAACGAUUUCGAAAUCAUCGGUAAAAUCUUCGAGUUGCAGAUGAAAAAUACCGACAAUAACGAGCUGUUGUUUACCAUGUUAUCAGACAUCAACGCCGAUGGUAAAAAGAUGAUAAUUAACCGAAAGUUCUUCGAUGUAUAUUGCGAUAAAUUAUUCGCCGAUGAUAAAUUACAAGUGUUCGAUCGAUUGCUAAAGGUUUGUAUUCAAGAUAACCAAGAAUUGACGCGAUUCAGACAAGAUCUUGUCUUUCGUUCGACGUACGUUGGAAACGAGUGCUUGAAAUGGUAUUCGAAUGGAUGGGUAGAUAUCGUUAAUAAGUCUCUGAGUAAACUUUUACCUACGUAUUCGGUGGCCGUUUUAAUGGAAUACAAAAGAAACCUUAUGUUAUCGUCCGAAGGUAUCGUGCGAUGCGUUCAGAAUGGUAUUUUAAAUCUCGAAAAAGAUGUUUUAAACGCUGUAAUGAUCGAUAGUCUGCUGCACGAAGAGUUGAUCACCGAAUUCAAAAGGAAUCUGGUUAUAUCGCCUUCAGCUGUCAAGACAUUCCAGUCUCGAAUACUCAACGAUCAGUUAACCGAAGUAAUUUACUUCGUCGAUAAUUACCUUUCGUUCGACGAAGAUCGAAAAAGAUUGAAAGAACGUCUUGUGGCUUUUGAUUCUUUUGGUACUACGAUCGUGAGGAUUUUCACCGAUCAUGACGAAACGUGGAUGGGGAAUUUAUUGACAUGGUGUUUGGAAAAUGAUAAAAAGAUACUAGAAUACAAAUCCGGUUUACCAGUGAACGCUAUUUUCAAUCUAUUGUUGCAACAAGUGUUUUUUUGCCGUUACAAUUAUCUGCUAUCGAAUUGCGUUUUCAAGAAAGCGUGGUCGUUCGAAGCUACAGAACGUUUUCUUAAUUGGUAUUUCGAAACUCGCGAUAAAGUGAAAGAGUAUAAAUUGCAGAGGAUUUAUUCGUUCGAUGAAGUCGAUGUAAUCCAAACUCUGUUGAGAAAAAAGGAUGAUUUUUAUCUCAGAGCUGCGAUGGCGUGGUUUUUUGAAAACGACGAUGCUGAGAAACAGAAAUUCAGGGCUAAACAUAGGGGUAAGAUUAGUUACGUGUUGUUUUGAAAAAAAUUGGUCUGAUUAGGAUUAGGUCAAAUGUUACUACUAUAGGUAUGAUAUUAAUUUACCUAUGCUUAUUUUUCUCAUUGUCACGUUCUCUCAUUUUGAUUCGGUGCUCUGGGUGCUCUGGAUGAAUUUUUUUACCGUUACUUGUAGGACAAUUUUCAGUAAGUGUAACUUGACUUUUUUUUUCGUUUCCUGUUAGUA